AUGUGCUUGCUUCUGAUCUUAGGCACCGGUAUCACUUUUAGUGUCUUAAAUGGGGCGGUUGCACAGCUCUCUCCAAAGAAAUAUCUUACCCUGCCACUUGGUGAGGUAUGGCCCCUUGGUUGGCUGAACGAUCAGCUUGACGUCCAGACCAAUGGUAUGGCCGGACAUCUACACGAGUUUUAUAACUAUGUCAAGGACAGUGACUGGAUCAGCAGCUUUUCUUCCUAUUCCAACCUCAAAGAAGCUGGAAGCUACUGGUUCAAUGGGAUGGUGCCUCAUGGCGUCCUUACCUCAAACUCUGAGAUACAAGCACAGGCAUACCAAUUCCUCGACUAUGUUCUCACCCAUCAAGAAACCACUGGAUGGCUCGGACCCGAGGCAGGUAAUAACUGCACAAGAUACCUCUGGGGUCGUUACCCUUUCUUUUUUGGAGCAAUCCAAAUGGUCGAAUAUAAUUCAUCGCUUAUGGACCGCGUUGUUACCGCCAUGCAUAAUUUCGUCCCUCUGGCAAACGAAAUGAUUAGAAAGGGAGAGGGUUUGGAGGUUUGGACGAACGCAAGAUGGGAAGAUUUUGUAAUUACCCUCCAGUGGCUGUAUGACUAUCACCCCAAUGGGAACGAGGACCUUCUUUUGGACACUAUGCUCCAGCUCAAGUGGAGUGGCAUGCCAUGGGAGGAAGUAUUUCAAGUAGAGUGGCAUGGUGUGAACGUCGCAGAGGGCAUGAAAGCACUUCCUGCUACAUACCGCUUCACCCAUAAUCAAUCUGACUUGGACCUCGCAUCCACUGGCUGGGAUCUCUUGUUCGAAACAGAAUUAUGCACAGUCAUGGAGACUAUGUUCAGCGGUUCAUAUUUGUACCAGAUGAUUGGGGACACAAAGUUCCUGGAUAGGGUUGAGAGGAUCACUUAUAAUGCGUUACCCGGAACGCUAAUGGGAGACAUGUGGGCAAGACAGUAUGACCAACAGCAGAAUCAGAUCACAUCGAAGAACAUGACACCAGAUCCUUUUGCUGUAAACUCUGGGUAUGCCAACGUCUUUGGAUUAGAACCCUAUUACCUAUGCUGCACCGUCAACCACCCUCAAGGCUAUCCGAAAUUCAUAACUAAUUCAUUCCUGACCACAGCGGACCAGUCCUCUCUCGUCCAGGCUUAUCUCGGUCCCUUGAAGGCAUCUACAAUGCUAUCCAGAAACAAUGCGGUGACCAUCAGCGUCGAUACACUAUACCCGUUCAGCGAUAUGUUAUCAUACAUUGUCACUGCAUCCAAGGCAUUCACGUUCUAUGUGCGCAUAUCAAGCUGGGUCGUUGAUGGAACAAUUGCGAUGAACGGAGGCUCGACCGAACCAAUGUCUCCUAGUAAUAGUUUAUUCGCAAUCACUAUUCCUUCUGGGACCACAAAAUUUGUAUUAAACCUCCCUGCUGAGAUAACCACUGAAAGUCGUCUCCAUGGUGCUGUUGCUCUUCACCGAGGUCCCCUUCACUAUGCACUCAAUGUAACCUUCAACAAAACGAUUAUCAAAGCAAACACCAUUGAGCCCCGCGCCUCUGACUAUGAGUUUGAGGCCACUUCACCAUGGGCCUACGCUAUCGACCCAUCUACAGCUCAAUACGUCUAUGCCUCCCCAGCUGAUGGCGUUCUCCCUUCGCCAAUCUUUGACAAGGGAUCACCACCUGGUUCAAUUACUGUAUCAGCGUGCUCGAUUGAGUGGGGACUCGCAGGGGCUACAUUCGUUAAUGUUCCCCCAACGAAACUGAGAUGUAUUGGGAGUGUUGAGACUAUUGUGCUUAAACCUUAUGGGUCGACCAAGUUGAGGAUUAGCGAGUUCCCGGUUUUCAGUUCUUAG